GGUUGCUUCCCUCCACAUCCCUCCACAUAAAGUUUACUAUACCUAUUGUCAGGACUGGUUUGAAUUUAGUGUUUUUGCCAGCCCUCUCGUCCAUCGAGAACACAUAUCUCUUCCAACACAACGAAUGAAGUUCGCUAUCUCUGUCCUCUCCAUCGUUACUGGUGCUCUUGGCCAGUCAUCGCUCACCAUGAACGCUCCCACCAAUUUGGUCGCUUGUCAGCCUGUGCAGAUCGCUUGGAUAGGAGGUACUCCACCUUAUUUCGUUAGCGUUCAAGAUGGUAACAACCCUUCUGGCACUGCUCUCCAGUCGUUCCCGCAGCAAAACGGUACCGCUCUGAGCUGGACGGUCAACGUUCAAGCUGGAACCAGUCUUGUCCUCCAACUUCAUGAUAGCAGCGGUCAGACAAGUAAGACCGCCCCCAUAGCCGUUCAACCUGGAUCUUCGGACGACUGCGUUGGCCGGUCUGUGUCUGUAUCUGGUGGUGGAACCGGCCAACCUACCAACACCAACACCCAAGCUUCUACUACCGGCGCUGGCACUGCUACCAACACGCAAACAAACACCGGCACUACUCCCACUAAAACUGGAACUGGAACAAGUGCUACAGCCACGAGCAGCUCCAACGCAGCCUCCUCGAACUUUGAAUUCGGUGCCGCUGGUAUUGUUGGUGCUGCUCUUCUCGCUCUCCUUGCUUAGUACUUAGUAAAAGACACUGUGGAUUGCAUAUUGGUGUUAUCUUUUGAAUAUCACUAACUAUCGCCUCAUCGACUUCUCAGAGUCAUAGUCCUUCCUUUUUACUUGUGGUGUUGACCGAUUAGUUUUUCUCUUCACCGUUAAACUUACUCAUACGCCUUGCGGGAGCACUCCAGUUUGUCAUACCAAAAAUUUUCUCUUUAAAG